AUGAGAUCUCUCCUUAUUAUAAAAUCAUAUAUAAUUAUUAAAUUAUUAUCAAAUGUAUUUCAUCCUUCAUAUUCUCUCACAUCAAAUAUAUUAAAUCCACCAUUAGACAAUAAUGUCAAAUCGACUACUGACCUUCCAGUUACACAACAACAACUUGAAACUGAUAUUGGUAAUCACAAUAUUUUAUAUUAUUUUUUAGCUCAAUCGAAUAAUAUUCAUAAUAUCGAUGAUGAAAUUAGAAAUAAAGAGAUCCUAGAUACAGGUGAAAAAAACGAAAUCUCAUUCAACAAUAAUUCUGGCGGAUGUAAUGUGUUAAAGGAUGACUAUAUUGAAGUUGCCCUUGACCCUCAUGAUAUUUUAAAAACUCAGGAACUAAUAUACUCUAUUACUCCAUCAGAACUACGUCUAUAUUUCAAAGAUCGCAACCCGAAGAAGGAACAUACAAAUCCUCCUAAAAAGGGUAAACUGUUUGCAAGAUUUUCAUUUAAUACAAUUGUAACUCCAUUUGAGACUAUCAGUUCGUCCAGAGAAUGUUUUAGACUCUUCUAUAACAAAUCGCCGAUUAUUUUCUGUGGUUCAGACACUAAAACUCGAGAGUUAGUUUUUUAUUUUUAUAUUUUUAGCUCUUUUAUGGUUUCUCUGCUCAAAGCCAAGUUCUGUUUUGUUGCCCACACAGCAUUAGGCCCAUCUCACAACAUAUCUAAAUUUGGUAAAAAGGAAGCAGAACUGCCUGAAUUUUCAAAUAAAAAGAAACGACUGGAGAAUUUGUUCAAAGACUCUUCAGACGUUGGAAUAAACGAACACGAGAACGAUACAACCAACAUAGAUAUCAAGAAUAUUCAAUCAGGGAAACCUCAGAUAUUUUUAAAUGGAGAAGAGGUGAACGGAGAUGAUUCUGAAGCCAAGCCCGGACAAGCCGCAUAG